AUGGGUUUCGGAAAAAAGUGGAUAAAGUGGAUGGAGGCUACUAUAUUUUCUAGUAACAUGUUCGUUUUGGUUAAUGGUAGCACUACCAACGAAUUUAAAGUCGAGAAGGGUCUUCGCCAAGGGGAUCCCCUUUCUCCCUUUUUAUUCGUUUUGGUGACAGAGGUGUUAACGGCAUUAAUGAGAAAAGCAAUCGCAAUAGGAGAAUUUCAAGCUUUUAAAAUUAAUGGGGAAGAGGAAAUUAGUAUGCUUCAAUUUGCGGACGACACAAUAUUAAUAGGAGAGGGUGAUUUAUCUAAUUUGUGGAGCAUGAAAGCAAUUCUUCGUGGUUUUGAGUUAAUGUCGGGGUUGCGGAUAAACUUUCGUAAGAGCAAAUUGUACGGUGCUCUAAUGUGUAAUCUUGGAGAUGGUAGAGACAUACCAUUUUGGUAUGCUUGCUGGGCGGAUCCACAGCCGUUGAUGAUUCUCUUUCCGGAUCUUUUCGCGAUAGCAAGAGAUGAUGCAAUUUCUGUGACUGAUUCUGGACGGCCAACUGCAACCGGCUGGCAGUGGUGGACGGACUGCUUUCUUUAG